AUAGAAGGGGAUGCGGAUGUUAUUCGUGCAGUUCAAACAGCCCAAUUAGCUUUGAAACAUCGGAUGAACAAAAAUCAGAGGCAACGCAUUGUUUUGUUUGUUGGAAGUCCAGUGGUCGCUUCAGAGAAGCAAUUGGAACUCUUAGGGAAAACUUUGAAGAAGAACAAUGUAUCUUUAGAUAUUAUCAGUUUUGGUGAAGUUGAUCUUAACUCGUCAAAGUUACAAAAACUGCACAAUGCAGUCGGUAGCAACACAACUAACAAUUUAAUUGAGUGCCCUGUUGAUGCAAGCAGAUUACUUUCUGACAUUCUCAUGAGAUCGCCAAUUGUGCGUGAUUCCGAGGCUGAUGACUCUGGAGCUGAGCCGUCUGUAAUGAAUGAACUUGGCGUUGACCCGACAACUGAUCCAGAACUCUAUAUGGCGUUACAAAUGUCGCUUCAAGAAGAGCGAAACAGACAAGCAGCCGCUGCAGCUCAACAAGUAAGUUCAAAAAAUGAUGGAAUCAAGCGCUUUUUCGAAAGUCCAAAGGUCUCUCAUCAAUUUCUAAUCUCCUAUUCUCAUCAGUCUGUUCAACAAGACCAAGCGCCGUCUGCGGAGGGUUCAGAAGUUGCCCCAGUCCCUCCAUCAAUCGCAGAAAUUGAAGCCAUGGAAGGAAUCGAUGAUGAACUUCGUCAAGCCCUCUUGCUCUCAAUUAACGAUUUCUCAGAACCACAGCAAGAAGCCGCUCCAGAUCACGAUCUUAAUCUAAUUUCAAGCGAAUCUGUUGAAGUUGCGGCAGGCGAUGAUCUCGGAAUCAUUCCGCCGAAUGAGGCUGUCAUUCCUGUCGGUUCGGACGCCGCACGUGAGGCGACGGGACAAGAAAUUGCGAGUCAAAAUGCGGAAUCGUCGGAAGUUCCCUCAAUCCAGCAAAUUCUUGGGACACUCCCCGGAAUCGACAUGACAGAUCCCCGCUUGCUCGAAGCCUUGCAGCAAGUUGUUGGUGCGAAACCAGAACCUAAAAAAGACGACGAAAAGAAAGAUGGAAGCAAUCAAUAA